AUGAAUAACAUAAAUAAUUUUCGUUUCGCAAAUGAAUUCGAAUCUCAAUUCAUCAAAGAAGAUCAGCAAACACCUCCGCAAAUAAAAGUCCCUUUUCCACCAAAUAUAACACCCGAAGAGACCAUUUUAAUUAAAGACGGGAAGAUCCCAUCGAAACCACCGAACAGCUUUAUAAUUUACCGUCGUGCAUUCCAAAAAGAAUGUCGCGAAUCAGGGCAUUUAUUAAAAUUGAAUGUUGUAUCUUCAAUGGCAGCCGAAUCAUGGAAAGAUGAACCACUAGAAGUGAAAAAUUUUUACAAAGAAUUAGCACAGAAGAAAACAAAGUCAAACAUCAUACGAGCAGAAUAUAAUAAAAGCGAAAAAAGAGGAGAUUGA